AUGGCUUCUAACAUGGAGGAUAGGAUGAUUCCUGAAAUGGAAAUUGAGGUGAUCAGGAAAGAUUUGCUCAGAAAGUCUGCGAAAGGCGAAUGGGCAGGAGUUAUUGACAUCUAUGAGAAGCACCCUCAUGCCCACGAGGCAAAGCUCACAAGGAAUGAGGACACAGCAUUACACAUGGCUGUCUCAAAAGACACACAAGAGACUGUAAAGCAACUUAUGAACAUAAUUUCCAGUCAUCACGGAGAAGGCAAAGAGGCACCUGAAAUUAAGAACAGGCAAGGGAAUACCCCUCUCCAUGUUGCUGCAUCAAUGGGGAGUGUGAUUAUGUGCGAGAGCAUAGCAGGAACAUGUCAACUUGGUUCAUCAUUUAUAGCUGCUCGUAAUUGUAAGGGAGAGACCCCCCUUUUCUUGGCAGUGCUAUGUGGCAAAAAAGAUGCAUUCCUUUACCUUCACAAUCUCUGUUAG